AUGCAGAGCAACCUCCUCCAACGUGGUGGGGGCGCUGAGUCGAGGCCGCUGAGCGCGGUUGACCUGCAGCGAAUCACCGACAUUUUAGAGGCAUGCGGAGUGUCAGAGCUGCAUGGCUCCCCGCAUAUUUAUGCACAUCCGGAAUCGAUCCACAUCAUCUCACCUCGAGACCUCAGCUUCCUGGUCUUGCACGCUGAUGUGCUUGCGACGCACAAGGACUUGUUUUAUGAUGUGCGGGCCUUCACAGGCAUUCUUUGGGGGAUGGUGCAGCAUGCAGAUCGUGGAAUUGAGAAGGUGUUGUGCACGAUCGAGGACAGCGGUACGGCAGUUGAAGUGAACGCACUGGGCGGCGAUACUGGUGGCACCCCGUCGUCGUCGCCAUCCCCGGCACUCGCGCCGAAAUUCUUGUAUACCCAUGUGUCGAACAUGUACCCAGCCAUUUUUCCGCACCUCGUGCAAGUGUUCCGUGUGGCGACGCUGCUGCGCGCGUAUGAGAGCGCUAAGGCCCGCGCAGAGGUGCGAGACUCACGCCGCAUUGCACAGGUGGAUGUUGAUGUGGUGGCCCGGCUGGCGAGCCGUCUGACUGAUCUUUUCUUGUACGAGGCAGGAGAGCGCACCACCGGGGCUAUUGGUCGCACAGGCGCGCUGAACGUGACGGCUGCCUACACGAACGUUGGUCAUCAUCUCUUCCGCACAAGCGAGAGUGCCCUUAGCUCUGUGAUGCUGCUUCUUUCCGCACUGGCUGCUCGUCCCGGCAGCGACGCGGGACCAAUUCUUCGCUAUUUCCACAGCGUUAGCGCCUGGAAGGCGAGUGCACUGGGGCUCCUCAUUACCGAUAGCUACGCCAAGGCGAUUCAGACGGUGCUCUUUGCUCUUUGCGAGCGUCGCCACGACUUUGACAAUGUGGAGGAGGUUGCCGCCAAGCUCUUCCUUCAGCGACUCGCAUCGCGCCCACCAUAUCAGUGGCGCACUUUCCGCUUAUUAUACUUCAGCGUUCAGGACAUCGGUGCUCGCGACACCCCCGCAGCAGAAGAUCAGCAAGGCAGCAGCGCGUUCGGCCAGCUGCUCGUCUUCCGUCAUAUUCAGCGCGCGCUCCAAUUGUGCCUCACCACAGACGGCGCGAAUAACGCUGAUGCGCUGGCGACCGUGAAAUUCCUGCGCAAGGCUGUGCAAGCGCAAGUACACCGCUGCUGGUUGGAGCCGAACAUGGCGGGCAGGAUGGGAUCGUCGUCGAACAAGGGCAAUAACGACGCGCCGCCGCGACUCCUGUCCUACUACGAGCUUCUCGUGCUUGCAGCGAUGCAGGGGAUGCCAGCGGCGGACCUGACGAAGGACGCAGAGUUGCGGCGACGCGCUGAGCAGACGAACCUGUCAGUCGAGCCCGAGGUGCUCACCCCCUCCUUUCUGCGCAUACUCCUCGCUUGCUGCUACAACGUUCCACCGCCGUCAGACGCGCCCACCUCGCGCGCGCUGCUGUCGACGCAGUCCACCUUAGCUCUCUAUGAGUCGUUGGCGAAACACGUCUUCCAAAUUCCUUUGUGCUCAAGUGCGGCAAGAUCGUGCGACGUGAAUCCGCUACUCGCCACCGCUGCUCUGCAGACCGAGACGCUGGUGGACCUCUGUGUGUGGAACGCAAUCCACAACACGCAGGAAGACGACCGGGAAGCGGCAGAGGAGGGCGCCGUAAAGGAAAGCAGUGCAGAGGCGGCAGCAGGGUCUGUGAUGGUGCCCGCAGCUGCGCAUGCACGGCCCAAGGCUGGAGCAACAAAGAUGACGGGACCUCCUCUUCCACCGACUCCUUUCACAAAGACUGCAAAGCUGAGCGCCGUAGCAGCCACGCCGUCCUUGCCACGGCCACCCACGCCCACCUCUGCGCUCUUCCACUGCAUUCGCCGUGACGUGUCGCUUCUGUUCGCCGGUAACGAGGAUGUGCUGCAGCACACGCCAGGGGCGGCGCGGGUGCGUGCGAAGAAUUUUCCGUAUGGCUUUCGCACCAUGACGCUCAAGACGGUGAGCCUCCUGUUUGGUGCGCUGCGCACGGCAGAGCUGUAUCACCACAUUCCGCCCGUCGAUGUGCUGCCAGUGGUCGCGCAACUGUUCGCCCUGCGUGCCUACUACCCCUUGUCACUUUCCGAAACAGAGGCGAAGCGCAAGGUGGAGCGUCGUGUCCUGUCCUUGAUGCACCUUACGUUGGCGAUUUUGCCGCAAGAGAUGAAGGCGGCAGCAGUGAAUCAACUUCUCUGCCGUACGCUCGUCCCUAUGAGCACGAUGGCGGGACAAGCAAACCAGCUCCAGCUUGCCUUGUUUGAGGGCUAUCUGCGUUCCAUGGCGACGGCGAGCGCUGCCAACGCUGUCACGGACGAGCUCAUGCUGCAGCACUGGGUCGACAUCGCGGUGCCGGCCGUCACAAACCGCCACAGCGUCGCGUUGGCCAAUGCCGGUCACGACUUCCUCAUUGCCGCCUUCCGAGCCGAAAAGUACGUCAGUCCAUUGUUUGUGCCCACAUACAUCGCCCUCUACAUCCCCACGGUUGACAUCCACAGCACCACCGGAAGUGUCAGCCAGAGGUCUACCUACCCACCCUUGUCCGUGAGUGCCAUUCAGCAUUUCGCGCGCAUGGUACGAACUGCUUGCCACGGCAUCGAGCGGUGUGACUCGACGGCGCUGGCACGGCUCUUUGAGGACGGCGCUGGCAAUGAGGGGGAUGCUACGAUGCCGGCCUUGUCAAGUGCCGCAGUGGCGUACAUGGCCAAACUCUCGCCAGCGCAGCGCGCUGCCCUUCGAAAGGUGACCCCGACGAAUGCCGUUCUUCUCGUUGUGUCCGCCUUGUUUGACUGCCUCUGUCUGUUGUGGAAUAGCACGCCUGGGUAUGUGAAGGUGGCACAAGACCUCUUCGUGGCUUACUUUUCUGGACUGUGCAACUUACUGCAGUGCACGAGCACACCAGUAUUGCAGCGUGUAUGUGCCUCGAUCGAGGCGAUCGAGGUGGAGCAUCUGCGCGGCUCUGGCAGCGUGCAAUUUCAGUUCCUCAAGUACGUGAACUUGGUCGUUGACGCGGUCGAGGGACCGUCGAAGGUGGGCAUUGCCGAGUGGUUCCUGAAUAUGAACAAGCGCAUCCAGGAGCAGAACUAUGGAAAGCACUCCAAGUUGUAG